AUGGCGACGGAGGGAGGAGGGAAGGAGAUGAACGAGAUUAAGACCCAAUUCACCACCCGGGAAGGUCUGUACAAGCUGCUGCCGAACUCGGAGUACAGCCGGCCCAACCGGGUGCCCUUCAACUCGCAGGGAUCCAACCCUGUCCGCGUCUCCUUCGUAAACCUCAACGAUCAGUCUGGCAACGGUGACCGCCUCUGCUUCAAUGUGGGCCGGGAGCUCUACUUCUAUAUCUACAAGGGGGUCCGCAAGGCUGCUGACUUGAGUAAACCAAUAGAUAAAAGGAUAUACAAAGGAACACAGCCUACUUGUCAUGACUUCAACCACCUAACAGCCACAGCAGAAAGUGUCUCUCUCCUAGUGGGCUUUUCUGCAGGCCAAGUCCAGCUUAUAGACCCAAUCAAAAAAGAAACUAGCAAACUAUUUAAUGAGGAAAGCUCUUGUCAGCACUUGUGGAAGGUGGAUUGGAAUGAAGAAAGAGAGAAUGAAGGUAGCAAGACCAGUGAGGAGGCUCUAGUAACUGUCCAGAGACUAAUAGACAAGUCACGAGUAACCUGUGUCAAAUGGGUUCCUGGUUCGGAAAGCCUUUUCCUAGUAGCCCAUUCGAGUGGGAACAUGUACCUGUAUAAUGUGGAGCACUCUUGUGGCACCACAGCCCCCCACUACCAGCUCCUGAAGCAGGGCGAGAGCUUCGCCGUGCACACUUGCAAGAGCAAAUCCACGAGGAACCCUCUCCUCAAGUGGACGGUGGGCGAGGGGGCCCUCAACGAGUUUGCUUUCUCCCCAGAUGGCAAGUUCUUGGCGUGCGUGAGCCAGGACGGGUUUCUGCGGGUGUUCAACUUUGACUCUGUGGAGCUGCACGGCACCAUGAAAAGCUACUUUGGAGGCUUGCUGUGUGUGUGCUGGAGCCCGGAUGGCAAGUACAUCGUCACGGGGGGCGAGGAUGACCUGGUGACAGUCUGGUCUUUUGUAGACGGCCGAGUGAUAGCUCGAGGCCACGGGCACAAGUCCUGGGUCAGCGUGGUGGCGUUUGACCCCUACACCACAAGUGUAGAAGAAAGUGACCCUAUGGAGUUCAGUGGCAGUGACGAGGACUUCCAGGACCUGCUCCACUUUGGCAGAGACCGAGCAAACAGUACCCAGUCCAGGCUGUCCAAGCGGAACUCCACGGAGAGCCGCCCCGUCAGUGUCACGUAUCGGUUUGGCUCUGUGGGCCAGGACACGCAGCUCUGCUUGUGGGACCUCACGGAAGAUAUCCUUUUCCCCCACCAGCCCCUCUCCAGGGCACGGACACACACAAAUGUCAUGAACGCCACGAGCCCUCCGGCCGGGAGCACUGGGAACAGCGUCUCGACGCCCGGCAGCUCUGCGCCCCCCCCUCUCCCGCGGUCCAACAGCCUCCCACAUUCCACUGUCUCCAACGCCGGCAGCAAGAGCAACGUCGCCGACGGGGCCAUCGCGUCUGGGGUCAGCAAAUUCGCAACACUUUCCCUACACGACCGGAAGGACAGGCACCACGAGAAAGAUCACAAGCGCAACCACAGCAUGGGACACAUUUCUAGCAAGAGCAGUGACAAACUGAACCUCGUUACCAAAACCAAAACGGACCCCGCUAAAACGCUGGGCACGCCCUUGUGCCCUCGAAUGGAAGACGUUCCCUUGUUAGAGCCACUCAUCUGUAAAAAGAUAGCACACGAGAGGCUGACUGUGUUGAUUUUCCUUGAAGACUGUGUAGUCACUGCUUGUCAGGAGGGGUUUGUUUGCACAUGGGGAAGGCCUGGCAAAGUGCGUUUGUCAUCAUCCCCAAACCAGGCCCUGUCCCCAGGUGACACUGUCAUGUAG